AUGGUAGAUAAUUCUUUGAUUGGAAAUUUGGAAAGCUUGACAAUAAGAAAUAGCGACUCAGUAUCUCCAACAGGGUUAAGCCAGGAAACAAGUAGACCAACAACUAGAAAUGAAAGUAGUUACAGGCUUCAUGAAAAUGAAAGCGAAUCAAAGAAAAAUACAGUUAGAGGCAAGAAAAAGAAAAAGAACAAGAGCAAAGAGAGUUCUGAUGACGCCAGUAAGAAUGGUACAAUCAGGAGGAAGAGCCCUAAAAAGAAAGAUAAGGAAGUUGCGGUGGAAAAUAAGAAAUUCAUUUCGUUAAAUGAAACUAGCAGCGGUGAUGGCGAAGAAAUUGCUUGUGAAACCAAAAAAAAGAAAAGCUUGAUUGCAGAUACGACUUUAAGAUCUAACAUACAAGAAAAAGAAAAUGUAGAUUUGAUAGGUCAGUCAGGGGGGUUAUCUGAUGAUUUCAAAAAUUUCAAUAUACCUGACAAAGCAUUUGAUCUGGUACACUUGCAAAAAGGUCAGAAUAAAGUGGAAGAACCUCUUGGUGAGUAUAAGGUUAAGGGAAGACAAGACUAUGGUAAGAAAGGAACCACGGUUGAUAUUCUAACCAAUCAUGUUUUACUUGCUUUGGGAAAAGAUACGGAGGAGAGUGACAAUAAAACAAAUUUAGAUCCAUGGUGGAGAGACGCAAUGAUAUUUAGUUAUCAUGUUGAUUUCAAAGCUUCACAACCAAAAUACCCGACGCAAAAACCCAGCACCGGAAGUUUCCAAACCAAAAAAUAUGAAAUAUUAGAAUCUCUUUUCGAAGAAGAUGAAACUCUUUUCAAAUAUAAGGAUAGAAUUGCGUUCAAUGGAGAAGACACGCUGUAUUCACAUGUUCGAUUAGAAGAAUUCACCCUGUUUGAAGGCUGCUGGGCGGUGAGUAAUAAAAAGAAGAAACAUGCGUAUAUUCCACACUUGCCGCAUAAAAGCAACCCUCCCGAAGAUGACUUACCAUCUAAAGUUACACUGAAAUCCAAUGCCACAAUUCCUCUGAAAGAUAUUUAUGAUGGCACCAUAUCUAGAAAUACACAAGAACAAGAAAGUAAGAUGGCUGGGACUGAAAAGCAUGUUUUAUUAGCUUUAAUGGGGGCAAAGUUUCUACAAAUGACGGAUCCUGUUUUCCAAGUUAAUGGGAACAAAUUUUUUAUAUUCAAUGAACAUACGAAGGCCAAACCUUUUCAACUUGGUGGUUAUUUGAUGCAUGGCUUUACUGUUUCUCUCAGAUAUGCCUUUGGUUCCGUUUUGUUGAAUGCUAUAAACGUAACACUUCCAUUUAUCAAACAUUCAAAAUAUUUACCGGGUGAUCCAAGAUUCCAAGAUAAUCAUAAAGCCCCAUAUACAUUGAUGGAUUGGCUUAUUGAAUGUUAUCAACAAACGGACCCUAAUAAUGUCGCUAAAAGGCCCGCAUUUAACGGGAAAGUGACCUCUAAUGAUUUGAAUUUGUUUAUUAGUAAGAACACCGAACUUCAGAAUUUAACAAAAGGUUUGAAAGUUUAUUGUAAUCACAUUCAAUAUGAUGUGGAUUCAUAUGGUCAAAAGAAGCCUUCAGCUAAAAUGAAACCGAAACAAAUAAAGGGUUUUAGUAUUGAGUCAGCACGUGUUUAUAAAUUUAAGGUAAAGCCAAGUGAUCUGGAUAAUAACAUAGCAAAGACAAAUUAUGAGAGAGAUAUCAGUAUCACUACUGAAACCUAUUUCUUGAAGAAAUACAAAAUGGUGUUGAAAUACCCAGAUAUGAAGAUGGCAUACCUUGAUAAAGGCGGGUACGUUCCUCUCGAAUGCCUGACUAUUGUUCCAGGUCAGAAAUUAAAAGGUAAAGUAUAUGAUGAAAAUACUGUCAUUGAGUUUGCAGCUCUCAGGCCUACCGAUAAAUUUAAGAUGAUAUCAGCAUUGGCAUUACCGCUGAUUACAAAGGCAUUGAAGCCCGAGGAGGAAACCAAACAACCACCAUGUGAUUCUUAUUACCAGUUUUUGAGAAUCCCAUCAAGAAUAAUUGAUGCCCCUGCUAUUAAGUUUCAAAAUUCACAAAUCUGCUAUACAGAUAAACCAUUUAAUGCGUCUGUAGUUGACAAAACUAUCCCAAAUCAAGAAACUAAGGGUAAUUGGAAUUUACAAGGGCAUCGGUUUAUAUCUACUCCAAAGGAUCUCAUAACUCUUCGAGUGUUUUUCAUAACAGAGAGUUCGCCACCAUCAAAGACCGGGCAAGAAAUAUUUUUAACCGUCAAAAAAUUUAUAGUAGAUGUUGCUGAACAUGGUAUGAAAUUCAGAGCAGAAAAGCCCGUUUUGAUUCAAAACUUUCAUGCACCUAGGCAGGAACCUGAUGCUAAUUCUAUGACAAGAGGUCAUGGUAUGAGGGGAAAAGGUGGUAGAUUCAAUAGGAGCCGUCCAUCUGCGUAUAAAAUUUCAGAUGGGGAAAACAAGCUUUGUGAGGAACUCUCGAAUGCGAAAGAAAAUUCUUAUUUCCUAUUCAUUUUGGCCUGUGGAGAUGAUUCAUUGACUUAUAAUAGAUUGAAAUACUUAGCAGAUUUAAAAUAUGGAGUCAUUAAUUCCUGUUUGGUAUGGGAUAAGUUUAAGAAAAAAUCAGCGCAAUAUAACGUGAAUGCAUGUAUGAAAAUGAACCUGAAACUUCAAGGUAUCAAUCAUUGUUUGGAAGAGAAAGAUUUAAAUUUGUUGAAAGAUUCCAACGGAUUACCAUUUAUGGUGUUAGGUGCAGAUGUUACGCAUUAUCCUGAAAAGGAUCAAAAUUCGAUAGCUUCCUUAGUGGCAUCGUUUGAUAAUCACUUCGCACAAUUCCCCGGUAAUUAUCUUCUGCAAAGUUCACCUGGUGAGGAAAUGAUUAGUGGAAUAGGAAAUUUGAUUGGAGAUCGAUUAAAGCUUUAUAAAAAAUAUAAUAAUGGUAAAUUACCAAGUAAAAUAUUAUUUUAUAGGGACGGUGUUUCUGAAUCCCAAUUUUCACAAGUUGUUCAAAUCGAAGUUAGGGCACUUAAAGAAUCCCUAAGAAGAAUCGGUUCAAAUUUACGUGGUAGUCCCUACAAUCCGGCUAUUACUACAGUCGCGGUAGUGAAAAGAAAUCAAGUAAGAUUUAUGCCAUUGUUCAAGAACGGAAUUAAUGAACAAGGUGAAACAUGUGCUGUUCAGUCUAUGGAUAACGUGAUGCCGGGAACAGUUGUUGAUCGCGGUAUUACGUCUACAGCACAUUUUGAUUUUUUCUUACAAUCCCAACAAUCAUUGAAAGGAACUGGUGUUCCUGGACAUUAUUGGUGUAUUUAUGAUGAGAACGAAUUUACUUCCGACUUAUUACAAUAUAUUACGCACUGUUUUUGCUACCUAUUUGGAAGAUCGAGUACAAGUAUUAAAGUUGCUUCUCCAAUAUAUUAUGCAGACUUGUUAUGUGAACGUGCAGCUCAAUUAUUUAAAGCCAAUUUUGCAAUUGUUAAGAACGAAUAUGAAAAAAACAGUAGGCAUAAGACUCCUAUAUUACCUGCUAAUAAUCUGUUACCUCCAGUUAAUGAGAAUAUCAAGGAUAUAAUGUAUUAUAUAUAA